AUGGACCAAUUACCUCUCUCACCACCGUCUGAGCCCGUCUCAAGGUCGUCCCCAGACACUACCGCGCCUACAAUCCCCCUCGACACUCCCCUCCGCGCUAUCCCCAUCCACCCACUCCUCCCCGAUAUCCGAGUCCCCGACUCGCUCCCACCACACCAAUACAACCCAAUAACAUGCGCAGCCCUGGAAACCGACAACGAGCACAUGCGUGCCGAGCUAGAACAACUGCGCAAGGAGUUUCCCACCCCCGACGCAGCGCUCAAGGCGCAGGAACAGGCCGCGCGCGAGCUAAAGCAGAAACUGGAGGAUGCGGAGAAGAAGCGCGAGGAGGUACAACGGGCCAUGGAUAAGAAGAUCAAAGAGCGCAAUACGGAGUUGAAGGUUCUGGAAAAGUUUCAGGAUGGGAAGGGCGCGGCGCUUGCGGCGGCUUAG